AUGAACCUGUCCAAGCUCGUGGACGAGGAUGAACCGCUCUUCCUUUCACUCAUUUCCGAUCUGUUCCCCGGCAUUGAGCUGGAGACGAACGAGUAUCCGGAACUGCAGGAGGCCAUCCAAUAUCAUGUUGAUGACGUGGACGAUGCUUCCCCUGCCAUUGUCAACCAUCCGGCCUGGAACCUCAAGCUUGUGCAGCUUUUUGAAACGCAGCGCGUGCGCCAUGGCUUCAUGGUGUUGGGCCCCAGUGGUGCUGGCAAGACCACCAACAUCCACACGCUCAUGAAGGCCAUGACACGUACCGGAACCCCUCACAAGGAGCUUCGUAUGAACCCCAAGGCCAUCACCGCGCCGCAGAUGUUCGGUCGCCUUGACGUCGCCACCAAUGACUGGACUGACGGUAUCUUCAACGUUCUCUGGCGUCGUACCCUCCGCACCAAGAAGGGUGAGAAGACGUGGAUUGUCCUGGAUGGUCCUGUUGAUGCCGUCUGGAUUGAGAACCUGAACUCUGUUCUCGACGACAACAAGAUGCUGACGCUGGCCAACGGUGACCGCAUUCCCAUGUCUCCUGAUGCCAAGCUCGUGUUCGAGCCGCACAACAUCGACAAUGCCUCCCCAGCCACGGUGUCACGUAACGGCAUGGUCUUCAUGUCCAGCUCCGUUCUCAACUGGGAGCCCAUCGUGGAAGGUUGGUUCAAGCGUCGCAAGCCCGGGGAGACUGAGGUUUUGCGCGAGCUUUUUGCAACCUCCUUUGAUGCCACGCGCUCGUUUGUGGUGACAAGCCUGAAUGCCAAGAUGAAGCUGUUGGAGUGCAAUUACGUCAAGCAAUGCCUUGACCUUUUGGAUGGCCUCAUUCCCUCGGGUGAAGAUGCCGGGUCGGCGUCAGCCGAGCAUCUUGCCCGCCUUUACGUUUUCUGUCUCAUGUGGAGCUUGGGUGCGGUGCUGGAGCUCGACGACCGCGCCAAACUGCAAGAGUUCCUCAUGAAGCUCGAUGCCAACUUGCCCCUCCCAACGGUCAAGGGUGAGGAGACCAUUUUCGAGUACGUGGUUGAUAGCCACGGCAACUGGGAGCAUUGGUCCGAUCGCGUGGAGAAGUUUGACUAUCCCCGUACGCCCGAUGAGCCUGUCCCGGCCUUCCGUAGCAUCUUGGUCCCUAACAUUGACAACGUCCGCACUGAGUUCCUGAUGGACACGAUCGCCAAACAGCGCAAGGCCGUGCUGCUGAUCGGUGAGCCUGGUACCGCCAAGACGGUCAUCGUCAAGGGCUAUUGCAAGAAGUACGACAUUGAGGAACACGCUUGGAAGUCGCUCAACUUUUCCUCCACCACUCAACCCAACGGCUUUCAGCGCACCAUCGAGUCGUAUGUCGACAAGCGUAUGGGUACCACCUACGGGCCUCCUGGCAACAAGCGCCUCACCGUCUUCAUCGACGACAUCAACAUGCCCACCAUCAACGAGUGGGGAGAUCAGAUUGCCAACGAGAUUGUGCGCCAGGUCAUGGCAGAGAACGGUUUCUACUCGCUGGACAAGCCCGGAGACUUCAUUCAUCUGGCCGAUAUGCAGUACCUGGCGGCCAUGCCCCACCCCGGUGGUGGUCGCAACGAUAUCCCUGAGCGCCUCAAGCGCCGCUUUGCCGUUUUCAACUGCACCCUGCCGGCCAACGUCUCCAUCGAUCUGAUCUUCCGUACAAUUGGCACGGGCUGGUUCUGCACAGAGCGUGGGUUUACACCAGCCGUGGCGGAUAUGGCCGACAAGCUUGUCUACCUCACUCGACGCAUUUGGCAGGACACCAAGGGCAAGAUGCUGCCCACUCCUGCCAAGUUUCACUACGUUUUCAACCUGCGUGACGUCAGUCGCAUUUGGGAGGGCAUGCUGCGUAUCCAGCCGACUGAGUGCGACUCAACUCGAGUUCUCCUCAACCUGUGGAAGCACGAGGCCACGCGUGUGCUUUCUGACCGCUUCACCGAGAAGCGCGAUGUUGCCUGGUUUACCCAGCGCAUCGAUACCCUGGUGGAGCAAGAGAUUGGCGCCCAGUUUGCCGAGGAGCUGGCUCCCGAGCCAUUCUUCGUGGACUUUAUGCGCGAGGCGCCCGAGCCCACGGGCGAGGAGGAGGACGAUUCAGCCCUUGAAGCGCCGAAGAUUUACGAGAUGGUGAAUGAUCUGGGUGCUUUGGAGGAGAAGUUGGCCGAGUACAUGCACCUGUACAAUGAGACGGUGCGCGGUGCGAAGAUGGACCUCGUGUUCUUCAAGGAUUGCAUCGUCCACCUGGUGCGCGUUUCCCGCAUCAUCCGUAUUCCACAGGGCAACGCCAUGUUGGUCGGCGUUGGCGGUUCGGGCAAGCAGAGCGUCACUCGCCUGGCCACUGCCAUCGCCGGUUACAAGAUCUUCCAGAUCCAAUUGUCCCGCUCUUACAACACCAACAACUUGCUCGAAGACAUCAAGGUUCUCUACAACAUUGCCGGCGUUCAGGGCAAGGGCCUGACGUUUGUCAUGACAGACAACGAGAUCAAGCAAGAAGAGUUCCUCGAGUCCAUCAACAACCUGCUGGCAACGGGCGAGAUUGGUGGCUUGUUUGCUCGCGAUGAAAUUGAUGAGAUCUGCGGCGAACUUACUCCCAUCAUGAAGAAGGAGUUUCCACGCCGCCCGCCGACCGUUGAGAACCUGUAUGAUUACUUUAUCAGCCGGGUGCGCAACAACCUGCAUGUUGUCCUCUGCUUCUCGCCCGUCGGCGAGAAGUUCCGUGAGCGCGCCCUCAAGUUCCCUUCGGUCUUUGGUGGAACGACCAUGGACUGGUUCAUGUCCUGGCCCAAGGACGCCCUGAUUGCCGUCGCUGACCACUUCCUCUCUUCCUUCAAGGUGGUGUGCUCACCUGAAGUCAAGACCUCCAUGGUCGAAACUAUGGGUGUGGUGCAGGAUGGCGUGGGCAUGGCCUGCCAGGAGUACUUCCAGCGCUUCCGUCGCCAAACCUAUGUGACGCCCGCUUCGUACCUUUCCUUCCUCAACUCGUACCGUGGAUUGUACGACGAGAAAAAGAAGCACUUUGAAAACCUGCGCGACCGUAUGCAAACCGGUUUGGACAAGUUGCUUGAAGCGGCCGAGCAGGUGAAACAGCUCUCAGUGGAGCUGGUGGACAAGGAGAAGGAUCUGGCCGUGGCUCAAGCUGAGACAGAGGUGGUCCUGAAGGAGGUUUCUCAGUCUGCGGCUGCGGCUGAAAAGGUGAAGGCUGCCGUGCAGAAGCAAAAGGAUGCCGCUCAGGAGAUUGUCGAUGCCAUUGACAAGGACAAGAAGAUUGCCGAAGACAAGCUGGCCAAGGCCGUGCCCGCCUUGGCUGCAGCCGAACGCGCACUGGAGACCAUCAAGCCCGCUGAUAUUGCCACGGUCAAGAAGCUUGGCAAGCCCCCACACCUCAUCAUGCGCAUCAUGGAUGCCGUGAUCAUUCUCUUUGGGCGACGCCUGGACCCGGUUGUGCCCGACCCAGAGCGCCCCUGCCCGACCCCCACCUGGUCUUCAGCCCUCAAGAUCAUGAACGGUCCCAUGCUUUCAGACUUGGUGCAGUUUGACAAGGAUACGAUCAAUGACGAGAUGGUGGAGCUUAUGGAGCCCUACUUGGGCAUGGAGGAUUACAACCUCGAAACUGCCAAACGCGUGUGCGGCAAUGUGGCCGGUUUGCUUUCGUGGACCGAAGCCAUGGCUUCGUUCUUCUCCAUCAACAAGGAGGUUUUGCCCCUCAAGGCCAACUUGGCGAUUCAAGAGUCCAAGCUUGCUGUGGCACAGGCCUCUCUAGCUAAAGCUCAAGCUGAGCUGGACGCCAAGCAGGCCGAGCUUGAUAAGGUGCAGGCCAAGUACGAUGCCGUCAUGAAGCGGAAGCAGGAGCUGGAGGAUGAUGCCAACACUUGCCGUCGUAAGAUGGCGUCUGCUUCGGCCCUCAUCGAAGGUCUCGGCGGCGAGAAGGUCCGCUGGACCGAGCAAGCGCGCCAAUUCGAGGAACAAAUCCAACGCCUUGUGGGUGAUGUUCUCAUGAUGUGCGCCUUUAUGUCCUACUCGGGACCUUUCAACGCCGAGUUCCGCACUCUGUUGCUCUCGAGCUGGAAGAAGGCCAUGCAGGAACGCGACAUCCCGUACACCAAAACUCUCAACUUGAUCGAGAAUUUGGUGGAUAACGCAACCAUUGGCGAGUGGGGCCUGCAGGGCCUGCCCAACGACGAACUGUCAUUGCAAAACGGUAUUAUCGUCACCAAGGCCACCCGCUACCCGCUCCUCAUCGACCCACAGGGUCAGGGCAAGGCUUGGAUCAAGAGCCGCGAGGCGAGCAACAACAUGAUCGUCACAACCCUGGACAACAAGUAUUUCCGUACUUUCCUCGAGGAUGCCCUUUCGCAAGGCCGCCCCUUGCUCAUUGAGGACGUGUUGGAGGAGCUGGACCCAUGCUUGGAUAACAUCCUGGACAAGAAUUUCAUGAAGUCGGGCUCCUCGCUCAAGGUCAAGGUCGGUGACAAGGAGGUGGACAUCAUGAAGGGCUUUGUGCUCUACAUCACCACCAAGCUUGCCAAUCCGACGUAUACGCCCGAGGUGUUUGCGCGCACCUCCAUCAUCGAUUUCACGGUGACCAUGAAGGGCCUGGAGGACCAGCUUCUGGCCAAGGUCAUUCUCACCGAGAAGGCUGAGCUGGAGACGGAACGCGUUGCUCUCAUCACCGAGGUCACAGCCAACAAGAAGAAGAUGAAGGAGCUGGAAGACAAUCUGCUUUACCGUCUCAGCAACACCCAGGGCUCACUCGUGGACGACGAGAGUCUCAUUGAGGUGCUGCGGGUGACCAAGACGACGGCCGAAGAAGUCAACGAGAAGCUGGCCGUCGCUGCGGAUACCGAGCUCAAGAUCAACACGGCCCGUGAGGAAUACCGCCCCGUUGCUACGCGUGGCUCCAUUCUGUAUUUCUUGAUUGUCGAGAUGUCCCUUGUCAACGUUAUGUACCAAACCUCUCUGGACCAAUUCCUGGGCUUAUUCGAUUACAGUUUGGCGCAUUCGCAAAAGUCGCCCGUUCCGGCCAAGCGUAUCAACAUUAUCAUCGAAUACAUGACCUAUGAGGUGUUCAAGUAUACCUGCCGAAGCUUGUAUGAGCGCGACAAAUUCCUCUUCACCAUCCUGCUGGCCCUCAAGAUUGAUCUGCAGCGCAGUCACGUCAAGUAUAACGAGUUUAUGAGCUUUAUCAAGGGCGGUGCCGCCUUGGAUUUGAAUGCCGUGCAACCCAAGCCCAAGUCGUGGAUUUCAGACAGCACCUGGCUCAACCUGGUCAACCUCAGUGAAUUGCCACAAUUCAAGGAUAUUCUGAACCAGGUGGCGCGCAACGACAAGGCUUGGCGCGCAUGGUUCGACGAGGAUCAGCCCGAAGAGGCACCGCUGCCCGAUGGCUACGAAGAUAGUCUGGACGUCUUCCGCCGCCUCCUGCUCGUGCGCUCGUGGUGCCCCGAUCGCACCUUGUCGCAGGCGCGCAAGUACGUGGCGGCGUCCUUGGGCAAGCGCUACGCUGACGCCGUGCUACUCGAUAUGGAGCUCAUGUGGAAGGAGAGUGAUGUGCGUACGCCUCUGGUUGGUCUCUUGUCGAUGGGCUCGGAUCCCACGGCGGCCAUUCAGGCUUUGGCCAAGGGCAAGAAGAUUGAGGUCUCAGAAGUGUCCAUGGGUCAGGGCCAGGAGGUGCAUGCGCGCCGUCUCGUCUCCAACUUCCAGCAGAAUGGUGGCUGGGCCCUGUUGCAGAACUGCCACUUGGCCUUGGACUUUAUGCUUGAGGUUCUGGACACGGUGAAGACGGCUGAGAACGUGCAUGAGGACUUCCGACUGUGGGUCACGACCGAGGAGCACCGCAAGUUCCCCAUCAACGUGCUGCAGUCUUCCAUCAAGUUUACCAACGAGCCCCCGCAAGGUAUCAAGGCCAAUCUGAAGCGCACGUACACCGAUAUUUCCCAGGACCAGUUGGACAUUACCAACGCGCAUCAGUGGAAGCCUAUGUUGUACGCUGUGGCCUUCUUGCACGCCAUUGUGCAGGAGCGCCGUAAGUUUGGCCCUCUUGGGUGGAACAUUCCCUACGAGUUCAACCAGGGUGAUCUGCUGGCAUCGGUGCAAUUUGUGCAGAACCACUUGGACGACAUGGACCCCAAAAAGGGUGUGGCCUGGCCCACCGUACGUUACAUGCUGUCCGAGGUCCACUACGGUGGCCGUGUGACCGAUGAUCGCGACAAGCGCCUGCUCAUCACUUACUGCACCGAGUGGUUCAAGGAAAGCAUGUUCAAGCCCGAGUUCAAGUUCUACGACAACUACAACAUUCCCGUGCAUGCGAAGAUUGGUGAGUACUUUGAGACCAUUGAGGCCAUGAGCACGUUUGACGGCCCCGAGGUCUUUGGCCUGCACUCGAACGCCGACAUCACGUACAUGACGACGACGGCGCAGACGGUGUUGUCGACCAUCGUGGACAUUCAGCCCAAGGAGUCGAGUGGCGGUGGCGGUGAGACGCGUGAGGAUGUCGUGACGCGCCUUUGCAAUGAGUUUUUGGAGAAGCUGCCUGCGAGCUUCGUGCCCCACGAGGUCAAGGCGCGCCUCAAGAAGAUGGGGGCCACGGCACCCAUGAACAUUUUCUUGCGCCAAGAAAUUGAUCGCAUUCAACGCGUAAUUCAGCUGGUGCGCACCACGCUUAAUGACCUGCUGUUGGCCAUUGACGGUACUAUCAUCAUGAGCGAAACGUUGCGCGAUGCGCUAGACAACAUGUACGAUGCUCGUGUGCCCAAGGCCUGGGCAGCCAUCUCUUGGACUUCGGCUACGCUCGGCUUUUGGUUUACCGAGCUGCUCGAGCGUCACUCGCAGUUUUACAGCUGGUGCUUCCAGGGCCGGCCCAACGGCUACUGGCUUACGGGCUUUUUCAACCCACAGGGCUUUAUCACAGCCAUGCGUCAGGAGAUUACGCGCGCUCACAAGGGCUGGGCCCUGGACAGUGUCGUGUGCGCCAACGAUGUCACCAAGCUGGCUGACCGCAACCCCAAGCUGUACGAGUGCCCCGUGUACCGUAAGCCACGCCGUACCGACCUGGAAUUUGUGACAAUGGUGGACCUCAAGACCCCAUCGGAUAAGUCGCCCACAUUCUGGAUCAUGCGUGGUGUGGCCUUGCUCUGCGACACAAAGUAAAGCUGAUUGUAAAUAUUAUCAAAACCUGUGUGACUCUCUGUGUUGGUUAAUGUUUGCUGUUUUGUUUAUGCCGACCGGCGCGCCCUGCCUUUGGCCGAUGGGGCGCAUUCACAUGUUAAAGAAUUAAGUUUUUGGAACUCUGGUUUGUGCGCUGCAUGAAACAAUUGAUUGACAUUGAGUA